GGGUCGUGUUUCCUUCCCGUGCGGUUUUAGAUGCAGCACCAUAACAGAUACGCGUGUAUUUAGCGUGUUAGCAUUUUUUUAAAUAAAGGAUUUUCAUUCUGCUUGUAAAAGUGUUCGGAAAAGGGAAAUAUCGCGAUGGACGAAGAAAACCGAGCUUCCUCGAACUGGAUCACACAGCAUCCCGUGUACCAGGACAUGCUGAAUCUGGGUGUGGACGACCGCGCGCAGGUCUAUGGAGCGUUCCUGGUUUUCCUGGACCUGACAGAAGUUCGGCGGUGGACGGGCGUGGCGGCGGUGCCGUGUCCCGAGCUGCGGGCGGUUCUGCUGGAGGGGCGUGAAAAAGAAGGCGAGGAGGUUCAGGUGGUUUAUCCACUCCCUGCCCACAGAAGCGUCCGGCACAGAGAGCUGAGGUGCAUCGUGGGUCGCGGUAAUCCCGCGCUCCUGUGCGCCGUGGCGUCGGAUUCCACGCUGGUGUAUCAGCGGCUGAGCGACGGCCUCGUGACCCCUGACCCCCCGGUGGACAUCACAGACUUGGGACGCCGUCAGCAUCGAAAACGCAGACUCCGAACGUGACGCGGGAAAAAAGCCGCAGGAUUUCAUCCCCAAUACAGCUACUGCUCCAGAUGUUCUACACCACGCUUCCUCCUGGAACAUCUCAUCUCCAAGAAAGGAAGGAAGAAGAAGCAGCAAAAUGUUUCGUUCUCCACGUGCAAGAGAGGUCAAGCGUCCUCUUAAAAAAAAAAAAAAAGUCCAGGACAGUGUUAUGUUCAUGGCUCUGUGUCUCUCUCUCUCUCUCUCUCUUUCUCUCUCUC